AUGGAACAGACACACAUAGCCGUACGUCAUCGAGGGCCAUGUGUUUUCACUUCUGAAAAUAGAAAUGAUUACUUUUCAGGAGAAGGCUUAUGCGCUUCGUUUACUUGUAAGCAUCCGCUGACGUGUGUAGUUGUCAACGAAAAGCCUUCCUGUGUCUGCCCGCAGUGUACGGAUGAACUCAGAGAGGUUGGCCAAUCAUGCUCGACUCGCUCAACACCGGUCUGUGGCACGGAUGGAGUCACUUAUUCUUCAGAGUGCCACCUGAGGAAGAGCGCCUGCCAGCAAAUGAAAUUUAUAGUAGUCGCCUUCGAGGGAAAAUGCGAUGCGUGCAUUAACGUUGAAUGCGGAUUUGGAGAAGAAUGUCGUGGUGGGAAAUGUGUGUGCUCCUAUCAAUGCCCGUCAUCACCACCAACCUCUGCUCGUGUCUGCGGAGAAGACGGAAUCUUAUAUGCGUCCGAUUGUCAUCGACAAUUGGCAGCCUGCCAGCGAGGGUCUCCAAUCCCAGUAAUGCCACUCACCCAUUGCCAUUCAGCCAUGGCAGCUACUGGAGACGGCUGUCACUGCCACAGUCUUGGCUCAUUGGGGCCGCAUUGCGAUAAGGAUGGCAACUGCAGAUGUCGCGCUGGUGUUGGUGGAUCCAAAUGCGAUCACUGCCUCCCUGGUUUCUGGGGUCUGCACCUUAUCGCAGCCGGUGCACAGUCAUGCAAACCAUGCGGCUGUUCGGCUUUCGGUUCUUCUCGCCCUGACUGUGAGCAAUCCACUGGAAGAUGUGAGUGUUCUCGAGGUGCUCUUGGGAAGAGAUGUGACCGAUGUGUGGACGAUUACGUGAUGACUGCUUCUGGAUGCGUAGAGAAGGAGGAGUUCCGUGCACCGAGGUUUGGUUUGAGUUCCGUCUCGAUGCUAAAGAUUUGGUAA